GAUGAUUCGGCGCGCGGCGCUCUGCCUGCCUGCUGCUUGCCAUGGCGGCGCCGAGCGCGGAGCCACGUGGCCUCUUCGGGCAAGGCGUGGAGGCCUUGCUGGGCAGCUGGCCCGUCCUGCAGAUUGCUGUUGAAAAUGGCUUUGGAGGGGCAUACAGCCAAGAAAAAGCAGCAUGGAUGGUUGGCGCUGUGGAGCAGUACUUCCAAAGCAAUGCUGACCUGGAGCCAGAUGAGGUAGAGGAUUUCCUUGCUGAGUUGAUGAACAAUGAAUUUGACACAAUGGUAGAAGAUGGUAGUUUGACUCAGGUGAGCCAGCAACUGUGCCUGUUCUUCAGCCAGUGCCAGCAUGGAAAUGGAGCAGCAGUGCGUGAAGCCAUUGUCCGUCUGGCCCAGAAGAAGCAAGAGGCCAAGGUGGUCGCUGCAAAAUCCCAGCCAGCAGACCAGAGCAGCAGCAGCGAGGAGGAAGAUGAGCAGGAGGCAGAGGAAGAGGCCAUGGAGUGUAGUGCUACUCCCAACAUGAAUGGGCCAACAUCCAAUCCUCCUCCCCCAUCCAACACAGAGGAGGAAGAUGGUUGGACCUUGGUGAGGAAGAAAAAGAAAUGAGGAAGACCAACCAAGCCCAGUGCUUGAUGGUGUCAUGCCCAGAACGGUGCCACAAAGUUGUGACAGGGCAAAUUGAAUUGUGCAUUUCCACAGAAUGGAUAUUCUUUAUGAACAUUGAGAAGAACGUGUUUGGGAUGGUGAUGGGGCUUUCAGUUGCAGAGGGGAGUGCUUUAGGUAAGCAGAGAGGUUCUCCAUGGUAG